GAAUUUCUUAUACAACUGGUUGUCGAUUCUCGAGCUCCAAACCCUAGGAGCGAGACAGGAGGUGCAGCGGCAGAGAGAUGACCACACGCUUUAAGAAGAACAGGAAGAAGCGGGGCCACGUGAGCGCCGGCCAUGGACGCAUCGGGAAGCACCGGAAGCAUCCCGGUGGCCGCGGUAACGCAGGUGGCAUGCACCAUCACCGGAUCCUGUUCGACAAGUACCAUCCAGGGUACUUCGGCAAGGUUGGUAUGCGUUACUUCCACCGCCUUCGCAACAAGUUCUAUUGUCCCAUCGUCAACAUCGAUCGUCUCUGGUCUCUCGUACCGGAGGACGUCAAGGCUGCCGCCGCUAAGGCUCCUGCUAGUACUGUUCCAAUGAUUGAUGUUACCCAGUUUGGGUACUUCAAGGUUCUCGGCAAGGGCACAUUGCCGUCAUCGCAGCCACUUGUCGUCAAGGCUAAGCUCGUGUCGAAGAAUGCCGAAAAGAAGAUCAAAGAGAAUGGGGGAGCGGUAGUCCUCACUGCGUAAUUGAAUCGGAUACUGUUUCUUGUUUCGAAGAGUUCCGAAGGAACUGCUAUGUAGCAUUGGCUGUGUUGUUGGGAGCUGGACUUCUUCUGUGCUGCAAAUUUUCUUUUAUAUAGAAACCUGCAUGAUACCAGUGUUGAACAUUAUUGGAAGUUUAGCAUGUUUAAAAGUAGAUUUAUAUUCAAAUAAGAAUUGACAUUAUAGUGAAUUUUGUAAA